UUGGUUUUGAAUUGAGUGAUUGCCGUCGAAGCCUCCGGAAGUAGAUCGAGAAGCAAUCGGAGUUUCUGAUCCGAUCAGCAUUUGCGAGAAAUGGCUGCUAGUGUCAGUGUUGUGGUUGGAUCUAUUGUUUGGUGGAGGAUCUUGAUGCAGCUUGGCUACAUGGUGAAGUUUUGGAGGUUAAUGGUGAAAAUAUUAAAGUUCUCUGCAAUUCAGGGAAGACAGCUUCCAAUGUCUACCCCAAAGAUGCAGAGACCCCACCAUGUGGAGUGGAUGACAUGACAAAGCUAGCUUAUUUGCAUGAACCAGGAGUCCUUGAAAAUUUAAGAUCCAGAUAUGACAUCAAUGCAAUUUAUACAUAUACAGGGAACCUAUUGAUUGCUGUGAAUCCUUUUAGAAAACUCCCUCAUCUCUAUGAUAGCCAUAUGAUGGCACAAUAUAAAGGGGCAGCCUUUGGGGAGCUGAGCCCACAUCCCUUUGCAGUUGCUGAUGCUUCAUACCGGCAAAUGAUGAAUGAGGGAAUAAGUCAGUCAAUUUUGGUUAGUGGUGAAAGUGGUGCUGGUAAAACGGAAAGUACAAAAUUGCUCAUGUGGUACCUUGCUUACAUGGGAGGGAGAGCUGCUGCAGAGGGGAGAACAGUCGAGCAGCAAGUUCUGGAGUCCAAUCCUGUUUUAGAAGCAUUUGGCAAUGCAAAGACUGUUAGAAACAACAACUCAAGUUGUUUUGGUAAGUUUGUGGAGAUUCAAUAUGACCAAAGUGGACGGAUUUCUGGAGCAGCGAUCAGGACUUAUUUGUUAGAAAGGUCAUGUGUUUGUCAAGUGUCUGAUCCUGAGAGAAAUUAUCAUUGUUUCUACAUGCUUUGUGCUGCACCCCCCAAGGAUAUUCAGCGUUACAAAUUGGGAAACCCAAGGACAUUCCACUAUUUGAACCAGUCAAAUUGCUAUGAGUUGGACGGGGUUGAUGAUUCUAAGGAAUACAUUGCAACGAGGAGGGUAAUGGAUAUUGUUGGAAUAAGUAAUGAUGAGCAGGAUGCUAUAUUCCGUGUUGUGGCUGCGAUUCUCCAUCUUGGAAACAUUGAAUUUAAAAAAGGGAAGGGGAUAGACUCCUCAGUGCCCAAAGAUGAAAUAUCUUGGCUCCAUCUAAAAACUGCUGCUGAGCUUCUCAAGUGUACAACUUCACUGAUAUGGACAGGCACAAGCUGAAGGUGUGAUGAGAAGUUACUUGAAGAUUCUUUGUGUUA